AUGGCGUCGUCUACGGCCAGCAUCACGACAGCGUCCUCUGAUAUGGGCGGAGGCGCAAGUGCGACGCACGAUGCAUCGACGCAGUGGCUCUUUACGCGUGACGAUCUUGCGCACACCCCGAGUGUAGUCGGGACGUAUGCGACGCUGCCAGGCGCCUCGACCUCGUCGAAAUCCACGUCGCAGGUCAUGACUGUGGAACAGGAGCGCAUCUUGCGUGGGAAAGGCGUGCAUUUGAUUUACAAGAUGGGCGAGUUUUUGCAGGUGGGUCAGCAUGUGAUGGUCACGGCAGCUACGUACUUCCAUCGGUUCUUUAUGCGGCGGCCCUUGCAGGUGAGUCGCGCGAGUGGUGGAUGGUCGCAUUACGAAAUGGCGGCGACGGCCAUGUUCCUUGCAUGCAAGUCGGAGGAAUCGCUCCGAAAACUGCCCAGCAUUGUCGAUGCGGUGAUGGCGUCGCUGGACAAGUCGCCAGAGGGCCAAAUGCGAUGGGCUGAGCGCUCCUAUCGUGCCAAUCAUGCAUCUCACGAGUAUGCCAAGUGGCGCGACUGUAUACUACUGCACGAAGAGACGCUUGUAACGACUCUGUGCUUCGACUUUACGGUGCCUCAGCCGCAUGAAUGCCUGGUUCGCGCUACACGUAGCUUGGAAGUCGAGCCGGCUGUCACCAAGCUUGCAUGGACCAUUCUUAAUGACUGCAUGCGUGACCCCACUUGCCUCUUUUACGAUGCACCAGUUCUGGCUGCGGGUGCCUUCCUCAAGGCAUGCCAUACGCUGAAGAUCGAUCCCGCCAUGUACUAUGCGGCUCGACCCCAUCAUGCGCCCCCCGUGGAGAAAGACGAAGAGGAUUACUUCGAUUGGCUCGAUACGUUUGACGUGGACGACGAUGAGGCACGCGAGGCCAUGCAGGCCAUUGAGCAGGAUGUGUAUGACUUCCAUAUGCCAUUGCAGCAGUCGCGUGCGUCGUCCAAGCCCAAAGUGGCCGCGGAUCCGGACGAGUCGGUGGUGGCUGAUACGACCAUCCCUGAACCGCCGCCGACGAGCGCAACGGAGGCCACGGCCUCUACGCCGCAGGCGACCGUCAACGCAGCGGAACGGACUCGGUCUGCCUCGGUGUCCUCGCGCGAGUCAGGCGAAAUAUUUAGUUAG